CAGGCUGUGGGGCCGGGUGCCUCUGGGGCAGAGCCAGGACAGAGCCAGGGCAGGCUGCGGGGACGGACGCCUCCCAGGGCAAACCGACCACUGGCUGAAGCCUGAGGACACCAGGCCCAGCCGGUGACGAUGCCCCAGCCCCAUUCCUGCUGCCCCAGGGGGGCGCCCCUGGCCCCAGCCCUGGGCAGGUCCUUUGCCCAGAUCACCGCCCGGUUCCUGCGCGUCACCAAGAUCCACGGCCUGCGCCACAUCGGCUCCCACCAGCGGUCGCGCCCGCGGUGCCUGUUCUGGGGCCUGGCCUUCCUGCUCUCGCUCGGCCUCCUGGGCACCUGGUCCAGCAACCGCGUCCGCUACCUGCUGUCCUGCCCCGUGCACAGCCGAGUGCGCAUGGAGUGGGCCACGCGGCUGCACUUCCCGGCCGUCACCCUCUGCAACAACAACCCCGUGCGCUUCCCGCAGCUCACCAAGCCCGACCUGUACUCGGCAGGGCAGUGGCUGGGGCUGGCCGGGGAGAACCGCUCCCUGCUGCCCGGGCUGCUGGAUGGGCUGCCCAACGCCCAGCGCCACUGGCUCAGCCGCCUCGCCAACUACUCGCGCUUCCUGCCGCCGCGCCGCUCUGAGCGCACCAUGCACAGCCUCUUCCACCGCCUGGGCCACCAGAUCCAGGACAUGUUGCUGGUCUGCCGCUUCCGGGGGGAGCCCUGCGGCCCCCAGCACUUCACGCCCGUUUACACCCGCUACGGCAAGUGCUACACAUUCAACGCCGACCGGAGGCGCCCGCGCGUCACCCGCCAGGGCGGGAUGGGCAACGGGCUGGAGCUGAUGCUGGACGUCCAGCAGGAGGAAUAUCUGCCCAUCUGGAGAGAGACCAAUGAGACGUCGUUCGAGGCCGGGAUCCGGGUGCAGAUCCACAGCCAGGACGAGCCGCCCUACAUCCACCAGCUGGGCUUCGGGGUCUCCCCCGGCUUCCAGACCUUCGUGUCCUGCCAGGAGCAGAGGCUCACCUACCUGCCCCAGCCCUGGGGAAACUGCCGGGCCAGCGUGGCCGGGGAGCAGAUCCUGCCGGGCUACGAGGGGUACAGCAUCGCCGCCUGCCGCCUGCAGUGCGAGAAGGAGGCCGUGGUGAGCAGCUGCCAGUGCCGCAUGGUGCACAUGCCAGGGAACGAGUCCAUCUGCUCGCCCAACGUCUACAUUGAAUGCGCCGACCGGACGCUCGAUGCGGCGGUGCAGGACUCCCAGGAGCGCUGCAGCUGCCCCACGCCCUGCAACCUGACGCGCUACAGCAAGGAGAUCUCCAUGGUGCGCAUCCCCAACAAGGGCUCGGCCCGCUACCUCGCCCGCAAGUUCCACCGCAACGAGACCUACAUCCGAGAGAACUUCCUGGUGCUGGACAUUUUCUUCGAGGCGCUGAACUAUGAGGCCAUCGAGCAGAAGAAAGCCUAUGAGCUGGCGGGGCUGCUGGGGGACAUCGGGGGGCAGAUGGGGCUGUUCAUCGGUGCCAGUAUCCUGACCAUCCUGGAGAUCCUGGACUACAUCUAUGAGGUGGUCCGGGACAAGGUGAGCCGGGCUCUGGGCCGUGCCAAGCCGCCCCUGAGGAAGCCGUCGGGCAGCAUCGCCACGCUGGGGCUGGACGAGCUCAAGGAUCAGAGCCCCUGCGGGAUGCUGGGCCGACGCGCCGAGGGCACCUACAGCACCAGCAUCCUGCCCAACCACCGCCACCGCUAUGCCCACCAGGGCGUCUUCGAGGACUUCGCCUGCUAGGCCAGGCUCCGCAUGGAGAGCGGCGCCAGCGCCUGGCACGGGGGGCACCAGGCCCCUCCUCUCCCCAGCCACCCCCGCAGCCCAUCAGCCACGCCCUGCCCCAGGACCGGCCCAGCCUGGCAGCCCCACGCCCAGCCAGCGCCGGGGUCGGCCCAGCACAAAGCACACGGCGCAGAGCAGAGCCUCGCAGCCCUGCCCCUGGGAGCAGCCAGCCUGGACAGACGCGGCACCGGCCGGAAAACAGCCCGGCCCGAGGAUCGGACCCAGCGUGGGGACUGGGGGAGGGCAGGGACCCAGUGUGAAUGCUGCAUUCGGCUGUGGAGGUGAACCCUCCCUCCAGUGUGGGUGAACCCCCCCCACACACACACCUGGUGGGGCUGCAGCCCAGUCGCUCCCACCCAGUGGGGAAGGGGCCUCGCCCAGAACAGACUCACGCCGCCCUAGAGCCUCAUCCCCAGCAAGCGCCCCCUGCCCCAGCUGCAGCAGCCAACUGCAUAAGCCCCCCUGCACCUCC